CUCACUCCGACACCCACCUCUCUACUUCCCUCGAGAAACAAUCUUACAGGCAAACAGCCCCGUCAUCAACCGUCUAGCUCUUGAUUAUUUCUAGAUCAAGCUACAAGAAUGGCUUCCUCCAACCAGGCUCAGAAGUCUGUCAGAUUCAAGGACACUGUUAACGCCGAAAAGCCAGGUGAUCUGUUGGCCAGCAUCAAGAAGUACUUCGCGUCAUCAAAGUUCUCCGACCUAACCAUCCACACCCUCGACCAAGAUCUCAAGGUUCAUCGGCUGGUCGUCUGUGGGCAGUCCGAGUAUUUCUCACGUCUCUACGAAGGUGAAUGGCUGGAGUCAGGAAUGAACGAAAUUGAUCUCAAGGUGGACGACCCCCGUGCGAUAGAAGCAAUGUUCCACUUCAUGUACGGAUAUGAAUACGACAGUAGCGACAGUGAUCAAGGCCGUGCAUCGCCCAUGCUGUUUGCUGUCAAGGUGUAUCAGGUCGCGGACAAAUACCAGGUCCCUCAGCUGAAGGACCGCGCAAGAGAGAAAUUCAAGUCUAUCGUGGAGACGUGCUGGCAAACGGACGACUUUCCAGUUGCUAUUGAAGAGGCAUACAAGCGCACCAUUAAGGAGGACAGAAGUCUCCGAGACAUCCUUUGA